AUGGUAAACUUUGCACAGGUUGUGGCCCGGGAACUGCUGGCCCAGUAUACCACACAGUAUGAAGAAAAUCCACUCUUUGGCCUGCUCCAGAGCUGGACAGCACCUGUGUUUGACAAGCUGAGAACCAGUUUCCUCGCAUUUAGCUUGGACACAGUUGGCAGUCUCGCCUUUCUGUUGAAAGCUGUGAAUUUUCGUGAACGGGUUCUUCAGCGGAGUUUGGUGGCCAGAAUUUAUUAUAAGGUGAUGACCAAGAAGGAAACCUUCUUCAAUGUCUGGAACUCCUGUCUGCAGCAUGUCGCUUCCCUAUCUCUGGCCCAUACUCACAGAG